AUGACCGGGAUGCCUGUUCAUAUUGACCUUUAUACUCAGAAUAUGGCAUUCAUAACGCUCCACAUUAAUGCACGGUUGCAGUUAUCUAGUGGAGCUGCCUCGUUCAAGAUAAAUGAACUACGCAAGGAGCUUGGUGAACACUCAUCAGCAGCCAUUCAAGACUUCCUUUCAGAUGCCUCAUUAGCGAGAUUUCUUCGAGCAAGGAACUGGAAUGUGCAGAAAGCUAGUAAAAUGAUGAAAGCAGCUGUGAAGUGGCGGCUUGCAUUCAAACCUGAAAACAUCUGCUGGGAUGAUAUUGCAGAGGAAGCGGAGACUGGAAAGAUAUAUAGGGCAGACUAUAAGGACAAACAUGGCAGAACUGUUCUUGUAUUGAGGCCUGGCUUAGAGAACACUACCUCAGCAACAGGACAGAUCAAAUAUCUAGUCUACUCUCUGGAGAAAGCAAUUAUGAACCUGCCGGAAGAUCAAGAGAAAAUGGUAUGGCUGACAGAUUUCCAGAGCUGGACAUUGGGAAGCACACCGCUGAAGGUGACCCGUGAGACUGUCAAUGUCUUGCAAGACUGUUAUCCUGAGAGGUUGGGGCUUGCAAUCCUUUACAACCCUCCUAGGAUAUUUGAAUCAUUCUGGAAGAUAGUGAAGCCGUUCCUGGACCAUGAGACCCGCAAGAAGGUCAAGUUUGUGUACUCCAACGACAAGGAGAGCCAGAAGAUAAUGGCAGAAGUCUUUGACAUGGAGGAGCUUGACUCGGCAUUCGGGGGAAAGAACCCAGCGACAUUCGAAUACAACAGCUACGCAGAGCAAAUGCAGGAGGACGACAAGAAGAUGGGAUCAUUGCACAGUUCAACCAAUAGCUUGCUUGAAUCAGCUGAGAAGGAGGCUAAUGGCGCAGAUUCGGACGCCUCAAGUGAGGCCUCCUUCUACAGUGGAACUGACUCUCCGAAACAUGAGGACGGCGAACACAGCAUCCAUCGCAAAGAAGAACGGCUGAACUGA